AUGCAUAUAAACUCUAAUAAUACUCAUAGAACUGAAAAGCAAAAAAAAGGGUUUUGCAGGGCUAAGGGUUCCAAAAUUUGCAUUUCAGAUGUUGCAGCCAAUGCGAUUUGUAUGCAACUGGCUUUUGCAAUUCACUGUAGAAAUCCAACUUUAUACCCAAUUGUUCUUGCAAAAUGCCCGAAGACUUGUGGUCUGUGCGAUCAACCUGGAGCUCUUGGACAAUGCCCAGACACUAGCGAAAUUUGUGCCACUGUGAGAGGUUUGCCGAAUGUUUGCCAAAAUCCAGCAAUUGCUCAAGCAUGCAUGAAAUCGUGUAAUAUAACAACGUGCUUACCAGGUAAAUUCUUUCCAGAAAAAUUUUGA